UGUUGUGUUUCCCAUCAUGCACUUCAACUGUGUUCUCUUUCACUUUCACUCUUCACUGUCGACCUGCAUUUAGAAGACGACGCGAGGUGAAAGGGUUUCCUGCUUUCUCCGUCACCAUGUUAGUGGCUCUUGUUUUGCUGCUGCUGCCCUUUGGUUCACUUCCCACCUCAUCAGGAGCACAGGUUCCAAACCAGGGUCAGAUCAAAGAUCCGCCCAUAGCCACCAAUGGCCAGCCGUUCCCCUGGAACCACAUGCGGCUCCCCAAAACCAUCUCCCCCCUCCACUAUGACCUCAGCAUUCACCCAAACCUGACCACACUUGACUUCACUGGCACUGUUCGUAUUGAGCUGGAUGUGCAUGAGGACACCAGCAGCAUUGUCCUCCAUUCUAAGAAGUUGCAGAUCUUCUCUGUGCUGCUCUUAGCACCAGAAGGUGUGAGGCCUCUCCAGGUUUUGGAGUAUCCUCGUUCCCAUCAGCUGGCCUUGCUGUCCGACUCUAUGCUGAUUAAAGGUAGUAAGUAUGAAGUUCAGCUUGAGUUUGCCGCCAACUUGUCCGACAGUUUCCAUGGUUUCUACAAGAGCAGCUACCGCACUAGCAGUGGGGAAGUCCGGUUCAUGGCAUCAACGCAGUUUGAAGCAACGUUCGCACGUGGAGCCUUCCCCUGUUUCGAUGAGCCGGCUUUUAAAGCCAACUUCACCAUACGGAUUACACGUGAACGACGUCACAUAGCCAUAUCAAACAUGCCUAAGGUUAAAACCAUUGAGUUACCAGGUGGUUUGCUUGAGGAUCACUUUGACACCUCUGUGGAGAUGAGCACUUACCUGGUUGCCUACAUUGUGUCGGAUUUCCUGUCUGUAAGCAAAACCACCCAGCACGGCGUGAAGAUUUCAGUCUAUGCUGUACCUGAGAAGAUUGACCAGACAGCCUAUGCACUGGAUGCUGCUGUCAAACUGUUAGACUUCUAUGACGACUACUUCGAUAUUCCUUACCCACUGCCAAAACAGGAUUUGGCUGCAAUUCCUGACUUCCAGUCAGGUGCAAUGGAGAACUGGGGGCUGACCACCUACAGAGAGUCAGGCCUCCUCUUUGACCCCGACAAGUCCUCUGUUUCAGACAAACUUGGCAUCACCAAGGUCAUUGCCCAUGAGCUUGCACACCAGUGGUUUGGGAACCUGGUGACGAUGGAGUGGUGGAAUGACCUGUGGCUCAAUGAGGGUUUUGCCAAGUUCAUGGAGUUUGUUUCUCUGGACAUCACCUACCCAGAGCUGCAAGUGGAUGACUUCUUCUUGGGGAAAUGUUUUGAGGCUAUGGAGGUCGACUCUCUUAGCUCCUCCCACCCUGUCUCCCACCCCGUUGAAAACCCUGUGCAGAUCCAGGAGAUGUUUGAUGAUGUGUCAUAUGACAAGGGAGCGUGUAUUCUGAACAUGUUGCGGGACUUCCUGACUCCAGAGGCCUUUGAGAUCGGCAUCAUCAAAUACCUCAAGCGCUUCAGCUACAAGAACACUGUCAACAGCCACCUGUGGGAGAGCCUCACUAAUGUCUGCACCUCAGAUUAUCUAGAUGAAGGUCGAAUAAAACACAGAGAGUUCUGUUCCAACCGUGACCUCUCCUCUGGAGCCUCAAAAUGGUACUCUGGUGAUGAGCUGGAUGUCAAGGCCAUCAUGGACACGUGGACCCUGCAGGAGGGCUUCCCACUGGUCACUGUGGAGGUCAGAGGUCGCGAGGUUAGGCUGAGCCAGGAGCGUUACCUAAAAACAGAUGACCCCUCCCUCACUGAAGGAUUCCUGUGGCAGAUUCCACUGACCUAUAUGACCAGUGUCUCCAACACCGUCCACCGCUUCCUGCUUAAAACCAAGACUGAUGUCUUGUACCUGCCAGAGGAGGUGGACUGGGUGAAGUUUAAUGUGGACAUGAGUGGCUACUACAUGGUCCACUACGCAGGCGAGGGGUGGAACUCUAUCAUCAGAUUGUUGCAGAACAACCACACGGCCCUGACCAGCAAUGACCGUGCCAGCAUCGUUCAAAAUGUCUUCCAGCUGGUCAGUGUAGGAAAGGUGAGGUUGGACACAGCUCUGGAGCUGUCUCUCUACCUGUCCAAAGAGACUGAGAUCAUGGCUGUGACCCAGGGCUUUGGGGAGCUUGUACCUCUCUAUAAGCUCAUGGAAAAGAGAGACAUGGCAGAUCUGGAGAAACAGAUGAAGGACUACAUCGUGGAUCUGUUUCAGGGGCUGAUUGAUCGCCAGGAGUGGACGGACUCUGGAUCAGUCUCUGAGCGAGUGCUCAGGAGUUACCUGCUGCUGUUUGCCUGUGUCAGGAACUACGCUCCCUGUGUGACCAAAGCCACCCAGCUCUUUCACAAAUGGAAGGAAUCUGAUGGCAAUAUCAGCCUCCCUGUUGAUGUCACAAUGGCUGUGUUUAUGAUUGGAGCUCGAACGCCAGAGGGGUGGGACUUCCUUCUUGAGAAGUACCGCAGUUCAGGUCAAAUGUCCGUCAAGAGCCGAAUGAAAGCUGCCAUGGCUUUCAGCCCUCUGCAGGACAAGCUCAAGUGGAUGAUGGAGCAGAGCCUCUAUGGUGAAGUCAUUAAAACUCAGGACCUUCCAGGCGUGGUCGUCACUGUCAGCAGCAAUCCACGUGGCUACAGAAUGGCCUGGGAAUUUCUCCGUGCCAACUGGCACACACUGAUCAAGAAGUUUGACCUUGGCUCUCACUCGGUAUCAUACAUGGUGACUGGAGUGACCAACCAGUAUUCUACCAGGGACAUGCUAGAUGAGAUUCGAGGCUUCUUCGGCUCCCUGUCCGAGGAGACGGGCUCAGAGAUGCGCUGCAUCCAGCAAGCGUAUGAGAGCGUUGAGGACAACAUUCGCUGGAUGGACACCAACCUUCCUCUGCUGCAGGCCUGGCUUGACAAACACAAACACAGAAUCUCUCAUGAGGAUUUAUAGAACUGGGGGAAGAUAAACAAGUCGAUGUGCCAUGUGUGGAAAAUGUGGCUGAAGGUUGAAAGUAGUGUGGAUGACUGUGACGACAAUGAAGAGGCCUUUUUCACUCGAUUUAUACUUGAACAGCAAUAACUCCUGUGUGCGUGUGUGUGUGCGUGUGUGUGUGUGUGUGUGUGUGUGUGUGUUCUGGGCAUGGGUAUCUUUGUGAAGACCAAAAAACUUAUUCAUCUAAGGUAGUGAGGACAUUUUGGCUGGUCCCCACAUUCUGUCCCUCCUUGAAAGGGCUAUUUGAGAGUAAAGACUUGAUUAGAAUUGGGUUUAGGUUUGGUUUAGGGUUAGGCAUUUAGUUGUGAUGGUUAAGCUUAGGGUAAGCGGCUCGGCCAUGCAUUAUGUCCAUAAUGGGUGUCCUACUAUGAAUGCUGUGCAAACCUGUGUGUGUGUGUGUGGGAGAGAGUGUACGAGUGUGACGGGGUACUGUUUUGUGUGUUUGUGAUACAGACUGUGAGACCUUUUUUAUUUAACCUUUAUUUGACCAGGCCUGGCAAAAUUAGAUGAGAUUUAAAACAAAAUGUCUAUGUAACAUUUACAUAGACACAGCUAAAAUACACACAAAAAGUACAGUACAAAUCGCCUUAAUGUGUGAUUUUGUAAAAAAAAUAUCUCGCACAAAGCGUCAGGCAGCCAAAGAAGACAGAACGGGCUAGCAACCAGAGCGACAGUGUUGUGCUAAUUACUCAGAGGUCCACAAGGGGCGAUAGUGGUUCUGCACUGUAAACCCUAACCCUAACACCAAGUCUUAACCCUCAAAAAAAAACUGCCAAUGUCAUCAAAAUAAUGAGCCCUCACAGGCAACACACACACUUUUGCCUCGCGAUACUUGUGAAGACAUUCAUAGACAUAAUGUAUUCCCCAACCUUAAAGCUGUAGUUUGUUAUUUUAAAAUAUAAAACAAGUUUCUAUUACAGACAAAGUAGCUCCCAGAAUGCUUGUCAAUAAAAUCAAUAAUAGUCCAUUAGGUCCACAUGACUCUCUUGUCUUUCCCGGGAAAGCAGUUUUUAUCUUUUACGUCACAAAUGAGCAGCGGAGGCGGAAGAAAGUACUACUGAAAACAACAUGUUACAUACUGUAUGUCCCAAUGUCUCCUGUGUGUGUGUG